UGGUUGAACGGAGGAAAUUAAGGCGACCGUUGGCGGCUCUUGUGCCGCGGGCGGCUCGGCUCCUCUUCCCUUCUCCCUCUCUGGAGCGAGAAGGCGACACGUCUCCCUGCAGACGGUUGUUCGUCCUUUCUUUUCUAGAGAUUUAUUUGGAGGGCUCAGUCCUUUCACCAUGCUAGAAUUCAGCUGUUGCUGGUCAUAGUCCUCCCUGCAUUAUAAGCAUAGCCAAAUGUCGUGGGUGCAAGGUGUGGUUAACCAGCGGGGUGAAGAUGUGUUUGAUGAAGAGGCUGAUGAGAUGGAACUUGUACACAAGGAAUGGAAGACUGCCAUGGAGAAACGAGUCAAAGAAGGCUAUAGAGAAGGCGUUGAAGCUGGGAAGCAGCUGACACUUCAACAAGGUUUUAAUCAGGGGUAUAAAGAAGCAGUAAGGAUGAUGUUCUUCUGUGGCCAGCUCAAAGGAACCAUAAGCACUCUUUCAUCUUGGUGUCAUCAUAACGAAUGCACAUCGGCAGUGCUCUGUGAAAUGACCGACCUGCUGAAAGAAUUAGGAAAAUAUGAAGAGGAGGUGCUUAAGAAUCUAAACCGUACCCAUCCACCGUCCUCUGUUGGUCAGUUGCUUGACACUGUUGAGGACAUGGAUCUUGAUCAUGUACUCUUAACUGAGGAACAAUGCAAUGGAACUACAAAUGGAACAAUCUGUAAAAGGGACAUUGAGUUUGGUGGGCAUUGUUGUAGCAACGACAGCAGGACUGAUUCCAUCCAAGGUGGAUGCUGUAAAAGGACAAAAGAAGGCCCAGAAUCCAGAAGACCAACACUUGCCUGGCUGAAAGAAAAAACUAUCAGUUUAGUAGAGCAAUUAGGUCUGUCCCCGGACAUAGUAGAACAUAUCCAGCUGUUGCAAAAUUAAUUGUGUAAAAUGGGAUUUACUGGUGGAGUGUACUUUUUUUGUUGGAAUGAUGACAUCUCAUUAACUAGUUGCUGAAACACAGAGAUCCUGCAUUCAAAUAUUCCUUAAUAAAUUACCCUUUAUGUAUAUUGGAAGAAUAGGCAACCAAAAUAAUCAAAGAAUUGGAGGAACUUUCCUAUGCAGAAUGUUUUGGGGCUUCUUCACUCAAAAAAGCAGUGAGUAAGGGAAAACAUGGAGGUAUAUAAAAUAAUGUAUGAUGUAGAGGAUGCCAGAGUUUUUCCUCCUCCUUGUAAUGCUGGAAGUUGAGGUCAUUGAACAAACCUGAAUGGUAGGAGAUUGAGGACUGCUAAGAAGUAUUACUUCAUGGAGCACCUAACUAAAACAUUGAAUUUGCUGCUGUAAGACAUCAAUUAUUUUCUAUUUUGAAAUUGGUAUUUCCUGAAUAAGCAUGUAAACACAGGUUUACCACUAAAAAUAAUAUAGGAGAUUGUGCAGAAAGGUUACUUACACAACCCCACAUGAUGCUUGCAAAGCAGAAUAUGGUUGAGACAAAUUCUUGCUUGGUGUCUCUGUCCAUGUGCAAGCAAUGAGCAUUAAGUAGCCAUAGGCCUAAACUUCAUUCCUGCCCUAUUUGGAAAUUAGGGCAGAAUCCUAUUAUGACAAGCACCCAGACCUGGAGGCUUGUGUGUAUCCUAUGCACCCUAUCCUAGGGUUGAAGAAACAGAAGAGGCAAUCUUUUGCUGCCCUGACCUCUUGCCCUAUAUUUUCUCUGAAUGGGCAUCUUUGCCCAGUGAAUGGAAGGAUUUCAGAGGGGGAUAGAAGGAGGGUUGAGAGAUCACAGAAUAGCUUGUAUCCUAGCCUAGGAAGUCUUCUCCCCUACUGCUAUAAUGCCCCCUUUUCUCCUCUGCGAUUGUGUUCCUGACUGUAGGCAGUUGGCACAGUUCUUUCCUUCCCCACUGCCCUAAGGUUCUUUCCCUGAUGCACUGGGAAUCGAAAAUAUGUUAUAUUCAGUGAGGCUUAGGGAGCAGUGCUGUGAUCGAGGGAUCAUAGCAUUGCUCCCUAAAUUUGGUGUAUGGAGCAGGAUUUAUGUUGAAGUCAACAUGCACAUGAACAAGCUGGAAUAGGUAUAAAAGAACACAAGCUGUGGAAAGGCUCUGUGUUAAUUUUACAAAAACAAUAAGUACCUCUUCUAAAAUGGUUUCUAGUUUAUGCUAUUUAUUUUAAUAAAGAAGACUUAUGGGAGAGUUGUUUUUUAAGUCAGUUGUCUUAACCUAUCAAGGGUUAUGUCUUAGUUCCAAUUACUUUUUCAUUAAUUAAACACUACAACAUUAAA